CAGUGGGUUGGCAGCACUGCCUCAUAUAUUUAACCUUAAACUUUGUGGUACCAAAUAAUGUGUUAAUGCAAGUCUAGUUAGAAAUUACUGAAUAUUUACGGGAAGUGAAGUAAAGUUUUGUUUAUAAGGAAUAAUUUAAUUGAAACAGCUAUGGGUUAUCCAGAAUUCUCCGGCGGUGAUAGAAGAAGUGGUGGUUUUGGCAGAGGCGGCGGCGGCCGUGGGGGCCGAGGUAGAGGAGGAGGAGGAGGAGGUGAUGAUAGAAGAAGUGGUGGCUUCGGCAGAGGAGGUGGCCGAGGAGGCAGGGGUGGAGGAGACCGAAGAAGUGGUGGCUUCGGCAGAGGAGGUGGAGGUAGAGGAGGCGGCGGCGGAAGGCCUAGUUUUGGUAGAGGUGGUGGAGGAGGUAGAGGAGGUGGACGUGGUGGUUUCAAGGGAGGAAACGCAAUUAGCAUUGAGCCUCACAGACACGCAGGAAUAUUCAUAGCAAGAGGCAAAGAGGAUGGUCUAUUAACCUUGAACUUGGCACCUGGUUCUGAAGUAUACGGAGAAAAGAAGGUUAACGUUGAAAAGGAUGGACAGAAAAUCGAAUACAGAGUAUGGAAUCCAUUCAGGAGCAAAUUAGCAGCAGCUAUUCUAGGAGGUAUCGAUGAAGUUUACAUACAACCAGGCAGUAAAAUCCUUUAUUUAGGGGCUUCCUCAGGAACGACUGUAUCACAUGUAUCUGACAUCGUUGGACCAGAAGGUUUGGUCUAUGCUGUAGAAUUUUCACAUCGAUCAGGAAGAGAUCUCCUCAACGUCGCUAAAAAAAGGACAAACAUAAUUCCCAUAAUCGAAGACGCAAGGCAUCCUCACAAAUACAGGAUGUUGGUAGGAAUAGUAGAUACAAUAUUUGCCGAUGUAGCUCAACCUGAUCAAUCCAGAAUUGUCGCUUUGAAUGCUCAACAUUUCUUGAAGAUUGGAGGUCACUUUUUGGUAUCUAUCAAAGCAAGCUGCGUUGAUUCCACAGCUCCAGCAGAACAAAUAUUCGCAUCGGAAGUGAAAAAAUUGGCUGCCGACAAUUUGAAACCGAAAGAACAGCUCACCUUGGAACCUUACGAGAAGGAUCAUUGUGUCAUCAUUGGAACCUACAGGCCUCAAUAAACCCCGCACUGAUUUUUUAAAACUUUAAGUUGUUUCAUUAAAAAACUCUUUUAAUCCUCCCCCAGAUUUUCUUGAUUUGUCUCCAUUGAAAUCAAGUUGUAUGUAUUAUAUAUUAGUUCUUCCAUGAUUGACUUGAAAUUGCUAAAUCUUUUGUUGACAAUUUAAACAAAAUUCUUGUGUUGAUAUUUUGUUGAAUAAAAAAUAAGAAAAUCAUAGAUCUUUGUUCUAUGUCCUAUUAGUAGCUAAGAAAUAAUAGUAAGUGACUAUCAGUCAACAGGAAAUAAAUAUAAGAAUAGAUUUCCCAGUAGAUUGUAUGUAUUAUAUAUUUUAUAUGUUUAAUAAAUGAAUAAUAAUUGAGAA